AUGGCAGUAUAUUUGGAUCCUCGAGAGGCCGAGGACACUGCCGUGGCAGCCAACGAUGGUUAUAUCCCAAUCGAAUCUGAAAAAGAAAACAAGGAACCUGCCGAAGAGAAGAAGAACGGCACAAAUGGCCUGUUGGUAAGUAUCGUCCGUCUGGUAGCUACCUACAUCUACGCCUCUUGCUUCACCUACGUCGCGUACUACUUGACGCGCAAUGUCCGCCAAAGCUAUCUACGGGCGGCUCUCAGUCAAGAAAUUGCUUACUACGACCGGAGUACCUCCGGCUCUAUAUCCCAGCAGGCGACUACAAACGGCAAGCUCAUCCAAUCCGGCAUCGGAGAGAAACUGGGAAUUGUCAUCCAAGCCAUCUCUACCUUUGUCGCGGCAUUUGUGAUCGCGUUUGUCACGCAAUGGAAGCUUACUCUAAUCCUCAUAUUCAUGGUGCCAACGCUGAUCAUUGCGCUUGGCAUGGCCGGAGGCAUCGAUGCCAUGAUCGAGGCCAAGAUUUUGCAGGUUUAUGCCCAAGCUGGUAGCUAUGCUGAGAACGUCCUGGGAGGAGUCCGGCAUCGCCAUGCUCGACCACGGCGAGAUUUCAGACCUAGUGUUCUAUUCUCCGUUAUCAUGGCCGCAAACACAAUCAUGCAGAUAGCACCGCACAUGGUAACCUUCAGCCGCGCGGCAACCGCAGCUUCAGAGCUCUUCACUCUCAUCGACAGGAAAUCCGAGAUAGACCCAUUUGAUGAAUCGGGAGAGAAACCCGAGGGAACUGCCGGCGUCAUCAACAUGCACGGUAUUGACUUCAGCUAUCCUACACGUCCAGAUGCCACCGUCUUAGAGGGCUUUUCCCUACGUAUCCCCGCAGGCAAGGUCACAGCGUUGGUCGGACCAUCCGGGUCAGGAAAAAGCACGAUCGUCGGGCUGCUCGAACGGUGGUAUAACCCCUGUGCAGGCAGCAUCUCAUUAGAUGGAAACGACAUCAGCCAGCUCAAUCUCAAGUGGCUGCGGACUAACAUCCGUCUAGUUCAACAGGAACCGGUGCUUUUCAACGGGAGCGUAUUUGAAAAUAUCUCCAACGGCCUCGUUGGCACACAGUGGGAGGAGGCAUCGCAGGAUGACCAAAUGCAGCGCGUCCAAGAGGCCGCAAAGAUCGCUUUUGCACACGACUUCAUCCAGGAACUGCCUCAAGGAUACCAAACGCGUAUCGGCGAGAGAGGCGGUCUGCUCUCUGGAGGGCAGAAACAACGGAUCGCCAUCGCUCGCAGCAUCAUCUCAGAGCCCAAAAUCCUACUCCUCGACGAAGCGACCAGCGCUCUCGAUCCGCACGCCGAGGGCCUCGUCCAAAAGGCUCUCGACAGCGCCUCCAAGAACCGGACGACCAUCGUCAUCGCUCAUAAGCUCGCCACCAUCCGCAAUGCAGAUAACAUUGUGGUUAUGUCCAAUGGCAAGAUCAUGGAACAGGGGCAUCACGAAGAGCUGGUGUCUAGGGACGGCAUCUACGCCACUUUUGUCAAAGCUCAGGAUCUCGCGCCGAAUCACGUCAAGGAGAACCAUGACUCGGAAGGCACAAUUACGCUCGACGAGGCAUCUGAAAGGAGAGGUGAUCAUGUUAUUCGCGACCAGUCUCUUGCCAGGAUCAGGACGACCGAGGCGCAGCAGCUGGCCACACUCAAGGACCGGGAAAACCACGACUUCAACGAGAAGACGGGUAUUAUACACAGUAUCUGGAAGCUUUUGAGAGGGUCACCGGAAAUAUGGCUUUGGUUUGCGAUCACAACAGUUACGUGCAUCGCAGGAGCGGCCGUCAACCCAGGGCAAGCGUUUUUGUUAGGAAAUAUCAUGAGCGUCUUUACUUCUCCAGACAUAGUCGCUCGUGGAAAUUUCAUCGCGUUGAUGUUCUUCGUCAUGUCACUUGGCAUUCUCGUUGUAUACUUCGUCAUGGGCUGGUCGACCAAUUCCAUCGCACAGUGUCUCAGCAGGAAGAUGCGACGUGAAAUCUUCGAGUCUUUCCUCCGACAGGACAUCCAGUUCUUUGACCGGCCAGAGAACACGGUGGGCGCCCUCAUUAGCCGGCUCGAUUCUUAUCCGCAGGCUAUCCUGGAGUUGAUGGGCUUCAAUGUCGCCAUAAUCCUCAUGUCCGUGCUCAACAUCGUCGCGUCGAGUAUUCUUGCGAUCGCUGUGUCCUGGAAACUCGGACUGGUCGGUGUCUUCGUUGGCCUGCCUACCAUGAUGCUAGGCGGCUACGCGCGCGUCAGGCUCGAGACGAAUAUGGAUGAUGAAAUGGGUCACAGGCUAUCUGCCAGUGCUUCCGUGGCUUCGGAGACCGUCAUGGCGAUCCGCACUGUCUCCUCGCUCGCCAUCGAGACCACCGUGUUGAAGAAGUACGUUGACGAGCUUGAUCUCGGAAUCUCUCAUACGAUCGGGCCCAUGUUCCACAUGAUGGCCUGGUUCUCUCUCACACAGUCUGUUGAAUACUUCGUGUUGGCAUUGGGGUUCUGGUGGGGAUCGAAGUUGAUCAAUGACGGGGAAAUUAGCCUCUAUCAGUUUAUCGUGUCAUUUAUGGGUGUUUACUUCUCCGGCCAAGCAACGGCAUUGGCUUUCAGUUUCGCCAGCAGCUUCACCAAGGCAAACCAAGCCGCCAACUACUAUUUCUGGCUCGAUGGACUUAGCGGAACAAUAUGCGAGACUAACGAUAACCUAAAAGAGAGACCAGUGUACGGGUGUUGCUCCUACGACUUCCAAGACGUGCAGUUCUCGUAUCCACUGGCGCCACACAACCGGGUUAUAAAUAGCGUGUCUCUAUCGAUUCGACGAGGUGACUUUGUGGCCUUUGUGGGCGCCUCAGGUUGCGGAAAGAGCACGAUGGUCUCGCUCCUGGAGCGCUUCUAUGACCCGGCAAGUGGCUCCAUUACCAUUGACUCAUCGUCGCCCCUGUCAUCUAUCAACCCGCUUCUGUAUCGCAAGCAGGUUGCCCUGGUGCAGCAAGAGCCAACGCUCUUCCCGGGCACAAUCCGCGAGAACAUCUCCCAGGGUGUGCCGGAUCUGAUCGUGACAGAGGAGGCGUCAGAAGAGGUGCUGGAGGAAGCAUGUCGAGCAGCCAACGCAUGGGACUUUGUCUCGUCGCUGCCAGAGGGCCUCGACACACCGUGUGGAACGAGUGGUAACCAUCUUUCAGGGGGUCAGCGGCAACGCAUCGCCAUUGCCAGAGCGCUGGUACGCAAGCCAAAUGUGAUUCUACCCGACGAGGCCACGAGCGCGCUGGAUACCGAGUCGGAGAAGCUCGUCCAGGGCGCGCUGUCAGGGGCAGCGUCGUCCCGGGACCGCAUCACCAUCGCGGUGGCGCAUCGCCUGUCGACGGUCCGCGACGCGAGCUGCAUCUUUGUCUUCUACGCAGGCAAAAUUGUCGAGGCCGGGACGCAUGGUGAGCUGGUUGCGAAGGGGGGCAUGUACGCCAGGAUGUGCGAGGCUCAGAGGCUACACGGCGCUGCAUGA